AUGACCGAGUUUGCUGUCGCGAUUCUCAUAUGCGUUUGCUGUGCCCUGAGCACACUACAGUCUAUCUCGUUGAGUGAAUUCAUUCAGAUGACUCUGGCCCGUGAAAUUUCCGAUGAAAUUGUACCACAUUUCAUUAUCGAACUGCGAAACAAAGGGCUCGAUCAGAGAGAACACACACUGGAAUAUACCAAAACAAUGGUGAUUGCUAUGGCGAACAACUUGGAUUUGUGCGCCGAAUCGACGGAAAAGUUCAAGAAAUAUAUCGAAGGAAUGGCAAAUGCGGCCGAGGAAGCAACUGUGCUCAACAAAGCUCCACGCCGAAAACGAAUCUCGUCUGCUACUGUGGACGCCAGUGCAGCAACUAGGCACAGGUCUAAGCCGAUGAACCGUAAAAUGCAAGGUUAA